AUGUCUCACAGAAAAUACGAAGCUCCACGUCACGGUCAUUUAGGUUUCUUGCCAAGAAAGAGAGCUGCCUCCGUCAGAGGUAGAGUUAAGUCUUUCCCAAAGGACGAUAAGUCAAAGGCUGUCGCUUUGACCUCUUUCUUGGGUUACAAGGCCGGUAUGACCACCAUCGUUAGAGAUUUGGACAGACCAGGUUCCAAGUUCCACAAGAGAGAAAUCGUCGAAGCCGUCACCGUCGUUGACACUCCUCCAGUUGUCGUCGUCGGUGUUGUCGGUUACGUCGAAACUCCAAGAGGUUUGAGAUCCUUGACCACCGUCUGGGCCGAACAUUUGUCUGAUGAAGUUAGAAGAAGAUUCUACAAGAACUGGUACAAGUCUAAGAAGAAGGCUUUCUCCAAGUACUCCACCAAGUACGCUCAAGAUGGUGCUGCCAUCGAAAGAGAAUUGGCCAGAAUUAAGAAGUACGCUUCUGUUGUCAGAGUUUUGGUCCACACUCAAGUUAGAAAGACCCCAUUGUCUCAAAAGAAGGCUCAUUUGGCUGAAAUCCAAUUGAACGGUGGUUCUAUCUCUGAAAAGGUUGACUGGGCUAGAGAACAUUUCGAAAAGACCGUCGCUGUCGACUCCGUCUUUGAACAAAACGAAAUGAUCGAUGUCGUCGCCGUCACCAAGGGUCACGGUUUCGAAGGUGUUACCCACAGAUGGGGUACCAAGAGAUUACCAAGAAAGACCCAUAGAGGUUUGAGAAAGGUUGCUUGUAUCGGUCCAUGGCAUCCAGCCCACGUUAUGUGGUCCGUUGCUAGAGCUGGUCAAAGAGGUUACCAUCACAGAACCUCUAUUAACCACAAGGUUUACAGAGUCGGUAAGGGUGAAGAUGAAGCUAACGCUGCUACCUCUUUCGACAGAACCAAGAAGACCAUCAACCCAAUGGGUGGUUUCGUCCAAUACGGUAUGGUCAACAACGAUUUCGUUAUGGUCAAGGGUUCUAUCCCAGGUUGUAAGAAGAGAGUUGUUACUUUGAGAAAAUCUUUGUACACCAACACUUCUAGAAAGGCUUUGGAAGAAGUUACCUUGAAAUGGAUUGACACUGCUUCUAAGUUCGGUAAGGGUAGAUUCCAAACCCCAGCUGAAAAGCACGCCUUCAUGGGUACUUUGAAGAAGGACUUAUAA